AUGGCGGUGGCUUUGGAGGUGAGUUUAACUGUGUAUAGUUACCCUCUGGGUGGACUCGGAGGAGGAUUGGGUGGAAUCGGAGGUCUAGGAGGAUUUGGUAAAUUCGGAAGCAGAAGUCUAGGCGGAAUUGGUGGUUUAGGUGGAAUCGGAAGUGGAAGUCUAGGCGGAAUUGGUGGAAUAGGAAGUGGAAGUCUUGGCGGAAUUGGUGGUUUUGGUGGAAUCGGAAGUGGAAGUCUUGGCGGAAUUGGUGGUUUAGGUGGAAUCGGAAGUGGAAGUCUGGGCGGAAUUGGUGGAAUAGGAAGUGGAAGUCUUGGCGGAAUUGGUGGUUUAGGUGGAAUCGGAAGUGGAAGUCUGGGCGGAAUUGGUGGAAUCGGAAGCGGAAGUCUUGGCGGAAUUGGUGGUCUUGGUGGAAUCGGAAUCGGAAGUCUGGGCGGAAUUGGUGGUCUUGGAGGAAAAGGUGGAUUGGGAGGAAUUGGUGGAAUCGGAGGUAUAGGAGGGCUUGGCGGAAAAGGAGGAGUUGGUGGAAGUGGAGGAUUUAGUGGAAAAGGAUUCUAUUAAAAGAGAGUUUUACUGCUGUCUUGCCGACUGUCGAAACAUAGUAAAAUAUAAUAAAUUACAUUGUAUCCAUA